AUGAUCUGGCUCCUCUUAGCUGCCCAGGUGACAGUGAGCCAGCUGAACCUAGUGUCCCACAGCGUGGUGGCUGCUCCCUACCAGUGGCAGUACCCCUACCUGCUGAGUAUCAUCCCCUCCCUCUUCAGCUUCAUGGCCCUGCCCAAAAACAACAUCAGCUACCUGGUGAUCUCCAUGAUCAGUGCCGGUCUCUUCUGCAUAGCGCCGCUCAUCUACGGGGGCAUGGAGAUGUUCCCGGUUGCCCAGCAGCUGUACCACCACGGCAAGGCCUACCGCUUCAUCUUCGGCUUCUCUGCCGUGUCCGUCAUGUACCUGGUGAUGGUGAUGGCGGUGUAGGUGUCCACAAGUUGGCACUUGUUCAUUGAUUUGAAAGGAAAUGACUGGAAUAAUAAAUAUGGUAGAAACUCCCACUAGACCAGGGACAGGCAAC